AUGAAUGCGACUGUAACCACGGACUGUAUUGCUUUGCUCCAGUUGUUGUCACCUUCCCUUCACUAUAAUAUUUGCAGGAACCUUGGAAUGUUCUUGCAGGUGACGGGGACACAUCUGGCAAGCGCCACCGUGCGUCUAAAUCGUGGCACUGAUGUUGCUCUCAACUUGCAGAACAGUAUCGGUCAGCAUCGAAAUGCAAUUAGGAAACUUGAUGCUAAUGCAAAAAUAGGCGUACAAGGUCUUGAGGAAUGCCAGCAACUUUUGCAAAAAAGAAGAUUGGGCAAGGCAUGGCUUACUGUGGGGAUACCGACCGUUCCGCGGCAAAAUGAGGCAGACUAUCUGAGCAAAACACUUGAAAGCAUAUUGGAAGAGCUUCCACUCGAUACAAGUGAUCCACUAUACGAGAAUAUAAUAGUGGUUGUGAUGAAUAACCAGAUUGGCAACCACAGCGUCUUCUACGAGGUGCGGAAGCAAACAUGCGACCUUGUCAGCCUCAUGGAAACCUCCGCACCCUUGUCACAUUACUAUCUCUUCAUGGAAGAUGACUUCAGGAUGUGUCCCAAUGCGAUGCGCAUCAUGCAGUAUGUGGUGGCAAAGCUUAAUGCGGCGCGGGAAACAGAAGAGUGGCUGAGUGUUCGGUUGAGUUAUGGCAUGAAUGGGAUCCUUCUGCCCACUGUGCACUUGCACAGCUUCGCAGAACACUUACGGCACGCGCGCCUCCUUAACAUGAAUGUGAAUGCAUUUAAAUUCGUAACAUCACUUUCGUUCAGUUCAGUUCACUUCAUUUCAUUCCAAUCCAUUCAUCUUUAUUUUGUCACACCAUGA